AUGUCCGACGUCCCACCAACCGAGCCCAUUCCCAAACCAGAGGAACCUAAAGCACCAGCCCCUGCACCUCAGUUCCAGCAAGUCCAAUCUCAAUCCAAAUUACUACCAAUUUCCACCUCAAUCCAAAUCGAAGAGAGACCAAGAGUUCGAAGAAGGUCUGAACCGCUUACGCAAAGAGUAUGCCACAGCUCCAAUUGA